CAGACACAUUUAACAGGAGAACAGUGAACUUAAACAUACGAGGAUGACAGAGAAUGUUAUAAGACCAAAGAGUAGUUAGAAAAAAUCAUCGUAUAUAGUGUGCAAAUACACAAACAUCAGAAAAUCGCUGUCCAUUCUUCUUCAUCUUGGCAGCCUUAGAUUAGGGUUUUAGAAGGACCAGCUCUAGGGUUGCUGAAAAUGGUGGCUGACCAGGCGAAGAAAUCAAAGACAAGUGUGGAGGAAAACGCCGAUCAAAUUGACACUGAGCUUGUUCUCUCCAUCGAGAAGCUUCAGGAAGUUCAAGAUGAGCUUGAAAAGGUUAAUGAACAAGCUAGUGAGGAGGUAUUAGAAAUUGAACGGAAGUAUAAUGAGAUAAGGAGGCCUGCUUAUGAGAAAAGAAAUGAGGUCAUCAAAUCCAUUCCUGACUUUUGGUUGACUGCCUUCUUAAGUCACCCUGCACUUAGCGAGCUUUUGAAUGAGGAAGAUCAGAAGAUCUUCAAGUACUUGGAUUCUCUUGACGUGGAGGAUUUCAAAGAUGUUACAUCCGGUUACUCCCUUACUUUUAAAUUCAAACCAAAUCCUUACUUUGAAGAUACGGAACUUGUUAAGACAUAUACAUUUCUAGAUGAAGGAACAACGACGGUAACUGGUACGGCUAUUAAGUGGAAGGAAGGCAUGGGUGCGGCUAAUGGCGGUACUCCUGAGAAGAAAGGAAACAAGCGGCCACCGUCUGAGGAAAGCUUUUUUAGUUGGUUUUCUGAAACUCAGCUAAAAGAUAUUGCAGAUGGGCUUAGUGAUGAGGUGGGAGAGAUAAUUAAGGACGACUUAUGGUCCAAUCCACUGAAAUAUUUUAACAAUGAAGCUGAUGAAGAAGAAUCCGAUGGAGACGAGGACGAUGAAGAGGGAGACGAUGAUGAGGAAGAUGAGGAUGAUUGUUGAACUCCUUGUUAGCUCUUUUAUUUAUCCCUUCUUCCAAACUUUGCUCAUAUCAGUGUCAAAUAUAAUUUUCAGUUGUUGCAUACUCAGCCUCAUAGGCAACUUCGACAUAUGAUAAGACAGUUUAAAAACCUAUAUUGUAGCUAGCCAACUUCUGUUAGAUUUAUCUGUGAUGAAUAUGGUAGCUGUUUUCGUGCCCCCGAAACUCUUUAAUCCCAGCCUCAUUUGAUUGGCAAGUUGUACU